CAAAACUGUUCGGCUCCGUCCCCACUUUCCCGUGAUGAAAGGGCGCGAACCGCCAUUGAUGAGCCAGAGGUGGACGUUUCUCAGCGUUCUCUCUCUAUCUCUGCUUCAUGGAAAAUUGGCGGUUUUCAUAGUUCGAACCUCAGGCUCAGCGCAUCCUUAGGAAACCUUCUAACUGCCAAAAUAUCUCAUCAAUGAUUCCCACUUUCGUCAUUUCAACGAAUUUUGAUCUUCCUUUCUUCUUCUUUUCUUUAUCGCUUUUAGGACAUCUCCACAAUGUUUGCUCUUUUUUUACGAACAAAGGAAGACAACUAAUUGUGGCGCUGGAUUUUGAAGAUGUUCGAUGGGAAAGUUAUCAAUGAUCAAGUUACCCCACAGGAUUCAGCAAUGAUGCCUCUAACCGCCAUGGCUGACGCCUUCGACGAGCUCGCAAAGAGGCUCAAAUGUCGGUUAAAUGGGUCCAUGGGACAAGAAAUGCUUCGAUUGGGCAACUUCUGCCAGGCUUGCUUUCUGGUAUCUUUUCUCUUUAAUUGCCUCGGCCUCGCUUUCAAGUUCGCUGAGCUGGAAUAUAUCGCCAAGCUACAUGCACUUGUGGAAGCAUCGAAAAGAUUUGACACUCUAGAUGAUAUUCUUGAUCAUGAUAUUGCACAUGAUACGGUCAAAACAGCAGGAAGCUUUUCACGUAAUCUGCGUAGAGUUCGACAGGGACUUGAUCUCAUCAGAGCCAUAUUUGAAAAUUUUUUGUCUACUGAUGAUAACUCCUUGAGAGAGGUAGCUUCAACAGCUUAUGCACAGGUUUGUGCACCAUAUCACACAUGGGCUGUAAGAACUGCUGUAGCUGCUGGGAUGUAUACACUUCCAACAAGGGACCAACUGUUGGAAAGGCUCAAUGAAACAGGGAUAGAGACUCACAUGAUAGAGAAACAAGAGAGGAAGCUGUUUGUGUGUGGUAGACUUGUUCCAUCAGAUGUUGCAAUUCAUAUAAAGAAGAAGAUGAAUCGCAGAGUAGAGAUCUUGGAAAUUCAGGAGAUGGGGAGCGAGACAAGCGAGGGAGAGCAAUCAGAUAAUCCAGAUCAUAGACCAGGCAAUAAUAAUAAUGGUCAAGCUCGCAUGGUGGCUUAUCCUGGUCAAGCCCCUCCAUUUGAGUCUGGCAUGGCUCUGGCUUACUGCAAAUCAGGUUAUACCGCCACGGAAACUGUGGAAGAAGUCUGGGAGAACUGUGACUGUGCAUGUAUAAUUUCAGAAGAAGAAGAUGAACUUCCAUUUGAGGACAUAUCGGGACUUGAACUUGAAGUACCAUCGCGGGAAAAUAAUCUGGAUCAGUAUUAGAUUAAGAUUUCGAAGUACAGAUCAAUUAUUAAAGUGUGUGUGUUGGGGGGGGGGGAUAUUUGCAACUCGUAAAAAGUCAGAAAACAGUAAAAUAAGAUGCUUCUUCAAGUCUGAACCUUGUUGAAAAGCCAAUAUAUAACCAGAAUUUGGUACAAGAUUCUCACGCCAAACUAUGAACUAAUAAUGCUAAUGAGCUAUUAUUGGUGAUGAGAAUUUUCUUUUAAUGACGGUCAUUUGUAAUAUAUUUGUAUGAAAUCUGUGAAAGAAAGUUUCAUUGAAGCAUUCCAAAUAA